AGAGGGCACCAAUGAAGGUAUCAACUUCCGGUUCAUAUGGUCAUGUUUGGAAAGUAAACCAGACACGGUUUCAGUAAUAGAGAGUUAUAUGCAGCCUAUGGAUAUAAUUUAGCAGCAAUGUUUGAAUGCGACACCAUCCGAGUAAGUCAGUUAGAUAACCGUCCGACUUUUUGAAGCCAAAAAUAUUUUCAUGUUAUCUUAUAACGUUAGCUUAACGGUACCUACGUUGUGGACCAAACUAGCAGCAACUAACGUUAGCUCAACAAGCUAAAAAGCUAGCGUUAGCUUAGUGAAUGUGUAACGUUAGCUAGCUAGUCGAACAAACUAGCUCGUCAUGGGAGGGUGAGGGUAAGCAAUUAGCUAUACAGUUUCGGAGGGGAGCCGCCCAUUGAUGGAUGAACAUAAAGACCCUCCACAGAGGCAGCAGUCGAAAGGGCUCGAAGGAGGAACAACUGCCCAGACCAGUACCAGGAGGAGGUCAGGAUCAGACAUAAUGGGGGAUUAUAUGGGACCGGUUUUACACUGGCUCCGAAAUGUGGCAGCUGUUACUCUCCUCAAAGCCCGGCGGACUUUAUUUCAGGCUGCCAUCCUGUUUUGUGUCCUGGUUCUGCUACUUUGGGUGUCCGUCUUUCUCUACGGAAGCUUCUAUUACUCCUACAUGCCCAGUGUGAGCUUCUCCACCCCUGUGCACUUCUACUACACCUCUGAUUGUGAUUCCUCAGAGUCAGCACUUUGUUCAUUCCCCACGGCAAACAUCUCUUUCAUGAAGAAUGAGAGGGACCUUGUGAUGGCUUACGGUCAGCCUUAUCGAGUGUCUUUGGAGUUGGAGAUGCCAGAGUCUCCAGUGAAUGAACACUUGGGUAUGUUCAUGAUCAAGAUGUCUUGUUACACCAAGGGUGGAAAGACAGUCGCAUCAGUGGGCCGAUCUACCAUGCUGCAUUACCGCUCCGGCCUUCUGCAGAGCCUGAGCACUUUACUGUUCUCUCCUUUCUUUCUGACCGGGAUGGCUGAGCAGAAGCAACUCAUAGAAGUUGAGCUCUUCUCAGAUUACAAGACAAAUGCUUAUCAACCCUCUGUCGGUGCAGUCAUUGAGAUCCAGUCCAAACGAGUGCAGAUCUACUCAUCUCAUCUCCGAAUCCACGCUUUCUUCACUGGCAUACGAUAUGUUUUGUACAACUUCCCCCUGACAUCUGCAGUGAUCGGCGUAGCCACCAACUUUGCCUUCCUCAGUGUCAUUGUGCUGUUCAGCUACCUGCAGUUCAUAUGGGGCGGGAUCUGGCCUCCAGAUCAAGUAAGAGUCCGGGUUAUGAUGGGAGACAACACCCGUAUCCAGCAGAGGAGAGAGGAGGCUCGGAAGCGCAUGGAGAAGGAAAACUCACAGAAGGACCUGUGUGCUCCUCACGUGAUAGGAUCCGUGAGUGAUGCAUCUGAUUUCCAGGAAAAUCACACAGUAGCAGAGCCGUCGCCAAAGAAGUCCUCAGAAAGUUUGGACGCACCUGGGACUGAUGUGACAGAGGAGGAAGGGUCUCAUGAGGAGAAAGACGGCUCCAACGUGUUGGAUGGCUGCCAGCUGCCUCACCAGGGUGAGACCUUACUCCGACAGAGACCUGGGCCGUGGAUGAGCCUGUGAACAACGCCACUGCACGCACUUAAAGCACCGAUAGUGGAAUAGAAUUUAUUUUGAGCCCGGCAAACCCCCCAGUUUGAGUCAGCGUACUAUAGAUGCAUGCUAAUAUUAUACAUGUGUUGUUAUAGCUAACAAACCUCUGCUUAUUGUCUUGUGUU